AUGCAGUCUAUUUCGGUUCUUGCCGUUCUUGUACUCGCUUUUAGUUGUACAUUAGCUCUCGAUGUCACAUUAAAUCAAUAUUGGAAAUUAUGGAAAGAAGCUAAUAAUAAACAUUAUUCUAAUGCUGAAGAAGAUAUUCGCCGAAUUACAUGGGAAAGUAAUUUUGAAAAAGUAAAAACACACAAUCUUCAAGCCGAUCUUGGCGUUCAUACAUAUUGGCUCGAAAUGAAUAAAUUUGCUGAUUUGACUAUCCAUGAAUUUACCAAAAUGAUGAGCGGUUACCAUGUUUCAAUGCGUAUCGAGCGUAACAAAGAUCGUCAUGAGUUUACUCGAAAUGUAAAUGUUAAACUACCAGACACUGUUGACUGGCGUGACAAAGGUUAUGUUACUCCUGUUAAAACUCAAGGUCAAUGUAUUGCAGGUUGGGCUUUCUCAUCAACUGGUUCACUUGAAGGUCAACACUUCAAUGCAACAGGCAAAUUAGUUUCACUCUCGGAACAAAAUUUAGUCGAUUGUUCUGGUACACAUGGUAACAUGGGUUGUGUUGGUGGUGAAGCCGACCAAGCUUUCCAAUAUAUCAAGUAUAAUGGUGGCAUUGACACUGAGGACUCAUAUCCAUAUGAAAGCGACGAUAAUCGAUGCCGAUUCAACGCAACAAGUGUUGGCGCUACUGUUACUGGCUUCGUUGAUAUACAAUCAAAAAAUGAAAGUGCUCUUCAAGAAGCUGUUGCUACCGUUGGUCCAAUUUCAGUUGCCAUUGAUUCUAGUCACCCCUCAUUUCAAUUGUACAAACAGGGCGUCUACCACGAGCCAUUCUGCUCUCAAAUCCACCUUGACCACGCUCUUCUCACUGUAGGUUAUGGCACUGAUUCUGGCAAAGAUUACUGGCUCGUCAAAAACAGUUGGGGUGUAAGCUGGGGUGAACAAGGUUACAUUCGAAUGACACGUAACAAACGUAACGAAUGUGGUAUUGCUACAUCUGCCAGCUAUCCACUUGUUUAG